GUCAGCGUUUAGGAGAACACCUAGGCGGGCGGGGACCGCAGUGUAAAAGCAGAUUUGAAACCAGGAAUCAAGGCGGACGUGGAGAACUGGCGCCGCUGGAGCGCUCGGGGCGGCGGCCGCGGGAGCCGCGCAGCCUGGGGGAGCGCCCGGCGGUCAUGGGCGAGGCGGCCAGCGGGCGUCCGGGGACGGGCUGAGCAUCCCGCCGAGCUCCGACCUCCUGGGCGGCUUGGGCGAGAGUCAGCCCGCGCUCACGGCCGUCCGGCGUGGGGCUGCCCCCGGGGGACCGGCCAUGGCUGGUCGGGGUUGCGGCUGCAGCUGCGGCCCAGGCCACCUAAACGAGGACAACGCGCGCUUCCUGCUGCUCGCCGCGCUCAUCGUGCUCUACCUGCUGGGCGGCGCCGCCGUCUUCUCCGCGCUGGAGCUGGGGCACGAGCGCCAGGCCAAGCAGCGCUGGGAGGAGCGCCUGGCCAACUUCAGCCGCCGCCACAACCUGAGCCGCGACGAGCUGCGCGGCUUCCUCCGCCACUACGAGGAGGCCACCGAGGCCGGCAUCCGCGUGGACAACGCCCGCCCGCGCUGGGACUUCACGGGCGCCUUCUACUUCGUGGGCACCGUCGUGUCCACCAUAGGGUUUGGGAUGACGACUCCAGCAACAGUAGGAGGAAAAGUCUUUCUGAUCUUUUAUGGCCUCAUUGGGUGCGCCAGUACCAUCUUGUUCUUCAACCUCUUCCUGGAGCGCCUGAUCACCGUCAUUGCCUACAUCAUGAAAUCAUGCCACCAGCGGCAGCUCCAGAGACGAGGGACCCUGCCCCCGGCGAGCCUGAAGAACCCAGGGAAGUUGGAGGUGGAUAGCUUGGCUGGCUGGAAGCCCUCCGUGUACUACGUCAUGCUGAUCCUGUGCAUGGCCUCCCUUCUCAUCUCCUGCUGCGCAUCAGCCAUGUACACCUCCAUCGAAGGGUGGAGCUACUUUGACUCACUCUACUUCUGCUUUGUAGCUUUCAGCACCAUUGGCUUUGGGGACCUCGUCAGUAGCCAGAACGCCCAGUAUGAUAGCCAAGGCCUCUACCGCUUUGCCAACUUUGUCUUCAUCCUCAUGGGUGUCUGCUGCAUUUACUCCUUGUUCAAUGUCAUCUCCAUCCUCAUCAAACAGUCUGUGAACUGGAUUCUAAGGAAAAUAGAUGGCGGGUGCUGCCAACAAUGCCAAAGAAAUCUCUUGUGGUCACGGAGCAACGUGGUGAUGCCAGGCAAUGUCCAGACACGGUGCAACAUCUCCAUAGAAACGGAUGGGGUGAUGGAGAGUGACACGGAUGGGCGGCGUCUCUCGGGGGAGAUGAUCUCCAUGAAGGACUUCUUAGCAGCCAACAAGGUCUCGAUGGCCAUCCUCCAGAAGCAGCUAUCUGAAACGGCCAACGGCUGCCCCCACCAGAGCAGCACGGUGUCCCGGGACAAUGAAUUCUCAGGGGGCGUAGGAGCCUUUGCGAUAAUGAACAACAGGCUAGCAGAGACGAGUGGGGACAGGUAGGAGCAAGGAGCGGACGCUGGCAUGGAGGCCUAGGGGAGAGUGGGCGAUGAGGGGACUGUCAUUCAGUUCGGCUCUGCGCCAUGGCUGGGUUCAUCCUGGAGCUGCUCCUUCUGGCCUCCUCAAGUCCAGCUUUAGAAGUCUCGUCUUCUUGGCUCCAACAAACAGCCACCUUUCAGGGCUGCGGGAACCUGAGCCUCAAUACCUUUCUGUUUAUUUUUAUUAUUUACGACUAAACUCAGUAUUUUAAAAAUGAACCACAAAAGCAGUCUAAGACAUUGCACUGUUUCUUUACUUACCUCGCUGCAGGGUUUUAACUGCCUACGAGAGGGAGGGUUUAUGGAAGCCUGGAUUUCUCGCAGCUCUGUUCUUCCUUUGGAAAUAAAAGUCCUGAAGGUCCUAAUUUUCCUCUGGAACUCUGAAUGCCUGAAUCCACUGCCUCUCGCGGCCCCUUUGAAAAAGAGCAGAAAACGUUGGAGAAUGGGCCUGGACUCUGGGCUUCCUUCAGAGCAGAUUUCUUCGCAGUGCUGUGGACAUGGAAACCAUCUAUUCUACUUUUUAUACCUGCGCCUCUGCUUUUGUUUUUCCCUUCUUUUAUUUUUCAGAUCUUAAUGCGUGGCUAAGGUGUCUGUGGACCUCUGUGUGGUAAGAAAACUAAAUUCGGCUUCCAGCCUUUAAGUGCAGUAAGGUGAUGGGGAGGCUCACUUUUGUAACUAAAGAAUAUAGCUGAGGGGGCCGGCCCAGUGGCCUAGUGGUUAACUUCGGUGCACUCCACUUCGGUGGCCCGGGCUCACGGGUUCGGAUCACAGGCCUGGAUCAACAUCACUCGUCAGCCAUGUUGUGGCAGCAUCUCACAUAUAAAAUAGAGGAAUAUUGGCAGAGGUGUUAGCUCAGAGCGAAUCUUCCUCAAGCAAAGAAGAGGAAAAUUGGCAACAGAUGUUAGCUCAGGGCAAAAUCUUCCUCAGCAAAAAAACAAUAUAUAUGUGUGUGUGCAUAUGUGUAUAUGUAUAUGUAUAUAUAUAUAUAUAUAUAUCUCUCUGAACAUUUUCCCUCUGAAUGGUCACAGGUUCCAUUUCAUUUUUACCAGGGCUUGGGGCCCAUUGCAAAGAUAAUGGCUGACUAUUUAUUAGAACUGAAAAUUUAAUAAAUCCUCAUUUUAUUAACUGAGAUUACAUGAGUGCU